AUGCCAGGCACUGGGUUAGAUGCUUUUGAUGAACCUCAAGUUCGCGAAGUUAGGCCACACAUGGCAACUGGACUUAUUUUAGCCGGUCUUGGAUUGGCUGCUGUUGGCUUAGCAGGUAGAUUUGCUCUGCGUGCAGGCAAGCUAGCACAGACUACAUUAAACCAGAAAUUUGGAGAGCUUCCUUCAGGGUCUUUCAGUAAAUACUACAGAGGUGGGUUUGAAGCCAAAAUGAGCAGAAGAGAGGCUGGGCUGAUUCUAGGAGUCAGCCCUUCAGCCAGCAAAAUCAAGAUAAAAGAAGCACACAAGCGUAUCAUGUUGCUCAAUCAUCCAGACAAAGGUGGGUCGCCUUAUAUUGCAGCAAAAAUUAAUGAAGCGAAAGAUCUCUUUGAGAAAUCCCGACCUGGUACGAGUUGA